AUGCACCCAACCACACUCAUCUUAAGCUCAACCCUUCUAAUGAUCUUGGCACUUCUCAUUUAUCCCCUUUUGACCACCCUAGACCCCAACCAACGACCCGGAAACUGAGCCCUUACCCACGUUAAGACUUCCGUCAAGAUGGCUUUCCUGGUAAGCCUACUCCCCCUAUUCAUUUUUCUUGACCAGGGGACGGAGACAAUUGUUACCAACUGGCAAUGAAUGAACACCUCAACCUUUGAUGUAAACCUCAGCUUUAAAUUUGACCACUACUCCAUCAUCUUCACCCCUAUUGCCCUCUAUGUAACCUGAUCAAUUCUUGAGUUUGCAUCAUGAUAUAUACACGCUGAUCCCAACAUGAACCGAUUCUUUAAAUACCUCCUCCUGUUUUUGGUAGCCAUAAUCGUUCUAGUGACUGCUAACAAUAUGUUCCAACUGUUUAUCGGCUGAGAGGGUGUUGGUAUCAUAUCAUUCCUCCUUAUCGGGUGAUGAUACGGCCGAGCCGAUGCCAACACAGCUGCCAUACAGGCCGUUGUGUAUAACCGAGUCGGAGAUAUUGGGCUUAUCUUAAGCAUGGCUUGAUUUGCAACAAACCUCAACUCUUGAGAAAUUCAACAAAUAUUCGCCUCAUCAAAAGACCUUGACCUAACACUCCCACUAAUAGGCCUCAUCUUAGCCGCCACUGGCAAAUCAGCACAAUUUGGACUUCAUCCCUGGCUCCCUUCCGCGAUGGAAGGUCCUACGCCGGUAUCUGCCCUGCUGCACUCUAGCACCAUGGUUGUUGCAGGCAUUUUCCUGCUAAUCCGACUCCACCCCCUUAUGGAGAAUAACCAAACGGCCCUUACCACCUGCUUAUGCCUUGGUGCCCUAACCACGCUAUUCACCGCUACUUGCGCCCUGACACAAAACGACAUCAAGAAAAUCGUCGCAUUCUCCACAUCCAGUCAACUAGGACUGAUAAUGGUCACCAUCGGACUUAACCAGCCACAGCUGGCCUUUCCUCACAUCUGUACCCACGCCUUCUUUAAAGCCAUACUACUCCUGUGUUCGGGAUCAAUCAUUCACAGCCUAAACGAUGAACAGGACAUCCGAAAAAUGGGGGGUAUACACAACCUCACCCCCCUCACCUCUUCCUGCCUUACAAUUGGUAGCCUCGCACUUACCGGCACUCCCUUCUUGGCAGGAUUCUUCUCCAAAGAUGCUAUUAUUGAAGCCUUGAAUACAUCUCACCUCAACGCCUGAGCCCUAACCCUUACCCUACUGGCCACCUCUUUUACAGCCGUAUACAGCCUCCGGGUUGUGUUUUUCGUAUCUAUGGGGCACCCUCGUUUUACAGCCAUCUCACCAAUUAAUGAAAAUAACCCCUCCGUCAUUAACCCGAUCAAGCGAUUAGCCUGAGGAAGCAUUGUUGCAGGCCUUCUGAUCACCUCGAACUUCCUCCCCUCUAAAACCCCCGUUAUAACAAUACCCCCCGCCCUAAAGCUAGCCGCCCUCCUGGUCACUAUUUUAGGUCUUCUUGUUGCACUAGAACUUGCGUCCUUGACCAGCAAGCAGUUUAAGACCACACCCAACCUUGUUACACACAACUUCUCCAACAUAUUAGGCUUUUUCCCCGCCAUUGUCCACCGACUAGCCCCCAAGCUUAACCUAACCCUCGGUCAGGCCAUUGCCAGCCAAAUAGUAGAUCAAACAUGGUUUGAAAAGAUUGGACCAAAAGGAGUUGUAUCCACCCAUCUGCCCAUAAUUACAACAACCAGCAACAUGCAACAAGGGAUGAUUAAAACAUACCUCACCCUAUUCUUCCUUUCAACAACCCUGGCUGUCUUAUUAACCUCAACCUAA